AUGCUCUUCUCCACCAUUUUCACAGCCGUCGUUCUGCCUCUUCUCGCAGCAGCCUCGCCAGUUCAGCUUGAACGUCGUGCUGGAGGACCUGCCAUUGUCCCUCUCGCCGACAACUGCACCCUCAUCAACCCUCUGCCUCACGCCUCUCUCCACCCAGGCAACGCCAGCAUCUCCGGCUACCUCCCCUCAUCCAACUUCUCAAGCUCCUCUCACCUCUACACCUGGUACAUCCCUCAACCCGACUUCGAGACCCAGAACGCUCGCUGGUCAAACUGCAUCCAGCAGUGCAAUGGCUUCCCCGGUUGCGUGUCUGCAUUCAUGGCCUACAGCGCUCCCUUGCCCAAGGGAUGGCUAGGUCUGCCUGGCGGAGAAUUGGAGGUCGGCUGCUUCAUGUACAACCAGACUCUGUCGCCGCUGGACUUUGUCGUUGCUGAGAAGGGUCAGUACGUCAAUGCUACCGCUGGUAACAUCUACUGUCCCAAAACUGCCCCUGCAACCGCAAACGCGAGUGCAAAGUCGACUGCUUCCAAGAAGAAGCCUGUCAAGGUUGUCGCUUAA